AUGGCUGGGUUAUCUUGAAGAAGCCCUGUCUUAGAUAUGGCUCUCUACACCAUUCCAAUGUGGCUCUUUCUUAUUCUAUUCCCUUUACUGCUUGUUUUACUCUUGAAAAAGAUCCAAUCACUCAAAAUACUAAACAAGCGGCUCCCACCAAGCCCUCCUAAGCUUCCAGUUCUAGGAAAUUUACACCAACUAGGAGAGUUGCCUCAUCAAUCUUUGAGGUUACUCUCUAACAAAUAUGGACCGGUCAUGCUUCUAAAACUUGGUCGUAUACCCCUUACUGUAAUCUCCUCCGCUCAGGCGGCAAGAGAUGUCUUAAAAAAUCAUGAUCUUGACUGUUGUAGCAGACCACCCUUGACAGGAACCAGGAAGCUUACUUAUAAUUAUUUAGAUAUGGCUUUCUCACCAUAUAGUGAGCACUGGAGAGAGAUAAGGAAAAUAUGUGUUCUUGAGCUUUUUAGCCUGAAGAGGACGCAGUCAUUUCAGUUCAUUAGGGAAGAAGAAACCGCUUUUCUAAUCAAUUCGAUCUCAGAAUCAUCAUCUUCUUCAUCUUCUGUUGAUCUUUCGGAGAAGUUGUUUGCUCUUACAGGAAGUAUAGUAUUUAGGAUGGCUUUUGGGAAGAGAUUUCGAGGGAGUAAAUUUGAUAAUCAUAGAUUUGAAGAAUUGGUUCAUGCUGCUGAGUCUGUAUUAGGAGGUUUCACUGCAAAUGAGUGUUUUCCUUACAUAGGUUGGAUUAUUGACAGAUUGACCAGUUAUCAUGCAAAGCUUGAGAGAGUUUUCCAUGAAUUGGAUACUUUAUUCCAGCAGAUAAUUGAUGAUCAUCUUAAACCUGAGAGGUCAAAACAAGAGGUGCAGGAAGAUUUUAUCGAUGUGAUGCUAAAAAUAGAGAGGGAAGAAACGGAAUCUCGGCUCUCAAAAGAUCAUAUAAAGGCUGUACUCUUGAAUAUGUUUUUGGGUGGAGUAGACACGAGUGCAAUUACUGUGAUCUGGGCAAUGGCAGAGCUAGCCAAGAAUCCAAGAUUGAUGCAUAAAGCACAAGACGAAGUUAGAAAGUGUAUCGGACAGAAAGGAAGAGUAACUGAAUCUGACAUCGACAAACUUGUAUAUCUGAAGAUGAUAAUCAAAGAAACUUUGAGAUUACACCCUCCUGCCCCACUAUUAAUUCCAAGAGAAGCUAUAUCCCAAUUCAACGUUAAUGGAUACAACAUUUACCCAAAAACACUAAUCCAAGUUAACGCUUGGGCAAUUGGAAGAGAUCCUAAAUACUGGAACAACCCUGAAGAAUUCUCCCCAGAAAGAUUUAUGAAUAACUCCAUUGAUCUUAAAGGGCAAAAUUUUGAGUUUUUGCCAUUUGGAUCUGGUCGAAGAAGUUGUCCCGCUAUGCAUAUGGGAUUAAUAACAUCGGAACUUGCACUUGCAAAUCUCUUGUAUUGUUUUGACUGGAAAUUACCCAAUGGAAUGAAGGAGGAUGACCUGAACAUGGACGAGUCAGCUGGGGUGAGCCUUACAGUUUCAAAAAAAAUUCCUCUCAUCCUUGUGCCGGUCAAUUACCUCCAGCAGCCGUGAGUAAAUAAGACAGGGCUCUAGAUCUCUAUAUAAAUAAUGUAAAAUAAUAAUGUGUCAACAAGCAGUUUUGGAGUCAGGCCUUCACUUGGUGCGGUUUUUGAAAUGACUUUGCAGCUGCAAAAUGUUUUUGAACUUGUUCUAAUCAUCUUUCCUUGCAGCCGUAGAACUUCUCGGGGGGAUGAGGACCCAUCUUCAAAGCUCUGCAAUAUUCUAUAUUUGAUCUAUUAAUUUGGAAAAAUAUGCCACAUGUUCCGUUUAUAUAUAAAUUUUGUUUUUUCAGUGAGUUUUUAUUUAAACAAUAGACAUAGCUUUAGAUCAUAAGUUUGGAUCGGUUUUUUUUUUUUUUUUUUUUUUUUUAAAUAAUUCCGAAAUCUUUUACCUGGUUUACGAACUUGAGUUUGAAACUGAAACCUCAAAGAACUUUAUAAUUUUGGAAAAAUUGAAAAUAAUGACUUUUGAUCAUGGAAAUAUCUAUAGCAACACUCAACCUAAACUCUAAGGAUGUUUGGCUAGAUAUGAUCAACUUGGUGGGUAUUUUAUAUUUAUAUGUUUAGUUGGGAGGAAUAAUAGAUUUAUAGGAGAUCCUUUUACUAAAUUGCCCUUAUAUUUUAAUAAU